GGGCGCUGUGAGCUGACACUCUCACAGCAACAACAGGAAGCUGAGCUCUCGCAACACAUCCGUCAAACUGUUGUUUUCCUGAGUUUAUCGUGAAACUCUGAGCUCUUUAGUGAUCAUUGUGUGUUCAUCCAGUGAGCUGUGAGUGUGUGAAGAGACCCUGAUGGCCGGCACCGCGCUGAAGAGACUCAUGGCGGAGUAUAAACAGCUGACGCUGAACCCACCUGAGGGAAUCGUUGCAGGUCCGGCUAAUGAGGAGAACUUCUUUGAGUGGGAGGCGCUCAUCAUGGGUCCUCAGGACACGUGUUUUGAAGGCGGCGUGUUCCCUGCCGUCCUCAGCUUCCCCUCAGAUUAUCCCCUCAGCCCCCCCAAGAUGAGGUUCACCUGCGACAUGUUCCACCCCAACAUCUACCCUGAUGGGAGGGUCUGUAUCUCCAUCCUUCACGCUCCAGGAGACGAUCCAAUGGGAUACGAGAGCAGCGCCGAGAGGUGGAGUCCAGUGCAGAGCGUGGAGAAGAUCCUGCUGUCUGUGGUCAGCAUGUUGGCAGAGCCGAACGAUGAGAGCGGAGCGAACGUUGAUGCCUCUAAGAUGUGGCGUGAAGACCGGCAGCAGUUCUACAGCCUCGCUCAGAACAUCGUGAGGAAGUCGCUCGGCCUGUAGAGACGACAGUGAUUCAGAAACACCUGGACACCUGACACCUGACACCUGGACACCUGACACCUGGACACCUGACACCUGGACACCUGGACACCUGACACCUGGACACCUGACACCUGACACCUGGACACCUGACACCUGGACACCUGGCACGGACUGAUCAAUGAACUGAUGUCUGGAUCUACACAAUCCAAAAUCUACAAAAAGUCAACAGGAGAGAAACCCGUCACCUGUGGAGCAGCGAGACUCUAUUAUUAUCCUCAUUAAUAUGAUACACAAAGCAUGCAGGCGUUAACACACAGGAGGACAAUCUACACAUUCUCAAAACAUAUUUAAAUAAAUAUGAUAUUACAAAUAUAACCCUGAAAUAUAAACAUACGGUUAAAUACAUCCUUUGACAACAAAUAGUUUGUUUCCGAAGUGGAAUCGCUGAGGACAGAUUCAAUUCAACUCUGAUUAUUUAAAUCCAUAAUAUAUACAUAAAAAAUGAUCCUUCACAUGUUUAUCUUCCACUUUGUUCUUUUAGGUUAAAGAAAAACACUUUUUGGGCUUCAGAGUGAAACAUGCCGUUAAUAAGAGGAUGAUAAGAAUCUAAAGUCAUGGACAGAAACACCUUCCUCACGUCGUUAAACUGCGAGAGGAUGAUGAUGUUUCGUUGAACUUUAAUCUGUUUUAUUCUGACGCUCUGAUUCGUCUCAGAGCUCCACAUUUCUCUCAGACUUUACGCACUUUAUCUGAAGGAUCGUCUCCGUCGUCGAUAUAUUUUUAAAGAAAUGAAGCUGGAAGUUUAGAGUUUCUGACGGGAGGAUGGAGAGUUUUAUUUUGAUGUGUUAAUUUGAAAGAAAAAUAAACAGGGAAAAAUGG